AUGGCGGAAGCGGGGAGGGACACCAUCCAAAACGUCUCCUUCAGAAACGUAUUGGAGCUUAUCGCCGAGGUACAGCUGUGCCGCGAGCAAGCGCGGCUACUGGUCGCGGGUCGGUUGCUCGCCGCGGUAGACCGAUACCUGGCCUCCGGACAGCACGCAGGGAGGCAAGAGGUGAAGGAAGCUCAUGCUCUCCUGGCAGGGGAGCUCAAGCCUUUGUUCGAUGAAGUCAGGCAACGGGCUGCGGAGUGCCAAUCUUCUUUGGACGAUUGGCAAUCGCCAGACUGGCUGGUGGCCCAGACGUUUAUGGGCAUCACAACGUUCUACAAGGUCGACCCGGAUGGGUCGCUGUGGAUAAAAAUGCACGGCACGAUGGACGACGUGACGGUCAUGGACCAGCUUGCGGUUGUCCGGGAGGUGGACCUGUUCAACAAAUGGGUCCCCUUCUGCGACACCUCGAAGCUCCUCAAGCGCCUUGGCAUUGUGGAGCUGCUCGUGUACUUCUCUAUGUCGAUUCCAGGAGUCGGCAGGGACUGUGUGCUUCACGCCUACGGCUGCGACUCGGUUCUGGAAACCGGCUGCAUCCUCAUUCAGGGGCGAUCUGUCGAGGAGGUGCCGGAGGGGGUGGAAGUCCCACAAGUAAAGGGUUGGAGACACGCUCGUAUGGACGUGCGGGCGUUCAGGGCAAAGAUUGAAGUGUUGUCGCCAACUUCGGCAAGAACAUCAAUCGUGGCCAACGUCGACCCCAAAGCGCCUGUCCCGCAGUCUGUGGUGAACUUCGUGGUACGCAAGAUGGCUGGGAUGUUCUUGUACUGCCUGAAGCAAACCGCGAAAUGCAUUCGCGCGGACGAGGGUAACUGUCACCGACGGAGGAUCGUGGAGGACAAGGCAUUCUACAAGGGGUGGCUCUUCCCUCGUUUCGAGCGGUUUUACCGCCGACAAGGUUGGACAGUUGACGAGGAGCUUGGAGGCGGGGAGCCCGCCUCCAAACUCAGCGACGAACCCACUGGUGGUAGGGCCUGGUGCCCCAAUGGCAAGACCAUGUCGUUAUCCCAUGGAACCUGCACGCCUUUUAGGCGGAAGGCAGGGUCGCAGCUGAAGAACAGUUUCAAGCGCCUCAAGACGACACGGCGACCAAGGCCAACCGUUACCGCCGAAUUGCCGCCGCCACAGGUUGAAAAUCUGGGCAUCGACGAAAGACUGUUGGAAAAGUGGCAAGCAAAGAGAGACAACAGGCGCAACCGAACUGGAGGGGCAAGACUCCUUGGGUCGAUCUUGUUUGCCGUGUGUGCGGCAUGGGUUCGUUGGGCUUUCACAUCAGAAGAGAGAGCGGCUGCACGUGUCAGAGACAUCUCUUGGUUCGUUUGUGUCGCUACCGUCCUCCUCGCGACCGGCCUCUGCUUCGUCCUUUGAAUUUUGAACAGGAUGGUGGAUGUUUAGCACGCUAUGUGUGCACGGGUACCGUAGAGUGCGCGGCGCGAAGAAAGUGUCCGCCUCGCAAUGAGUCAAGGUUGAGGAUGUGGUGCAUCGUGCGUCUUUGUAAACUUUAUCAGCAAAGAGUUGUCUAAAACUUGUAUAUACAGAUGGACCGUUUACUGUUAUUAGUGGGAAGUCAUAAUGAGGUUUGUUUGUUGCGCUACCUAAAAAAGAACGUAUUUGUUCCCGAUUCUUGCGAUGAUCACCGGGGGACGUUCGACGUUGUGAUACGUUUUUUGUCGAUUUUCUCGUGUAUUUGCGGGACCCAUGCACAUACCCGGUACCGUCUGGCCCAACAGUACGCGACAUGCGGUUGUCU